CUGGUUCAGCCGGAGUCCCGCCCACCAUCCUGCCUCUCAGCCAAUCGUGGGAGUCGGCGGUGGGGUGUCGGGAGGGGACGGAGAACGGAGGAGGAGGACGAGGACUGGGGAGAGGAAGAGGAGGAAGAGGAGGAAGAGGAGGAGGAGGAGGAGGAGGAGGAGGAGGGCCGCUGCCUGAGAACUGGGAGCUGGCCUUCAGUGAUUCAGGAGAGCCGUAUUACAUCGAUCAUAACUCAAAGACGACGAGCUGGCUGGACCCUCGAGCUCCGAGCAAAGAGACGACCGCCUGCACAGAGCUCCCAGAGUUCACGGAGCAGCCCAGUCAGCUGAAGGGUUACUCCAUCCACACUCGGCUCUCUAAAGGUCCUCGAGGUUUCGGCUUCAACAUCGUCGGAGGAAGUCGACCCCGAGAGUUCCUCCAGGUGUACAGCGUCACACCUGGAGGACCGCCGGCCCUCAACACAGGUACUACUACUGCUCGUACUACUCACAGUCCUGAUAAUACUCACAGUGCUGCUGACGGUGCUGAUAAUACUCACAGUACUGCUGACGGUGCUGAUAAUACUCACAGUGCUGCUGACGGUGCUGAUAAUACUCACAGUACUGCUGACGGUGCUGAUAAUACUCACAGUACUGCUGACGGUGCAGCGUCUCACCUGUUCAGGUGUUUAAUGCAGCCAGAGGUGACGACUGCGCGCAGUGUUUCCCUGAGUUCAGGCUGUCAGGCUCGGUCUCCUCGCAGUGAGCAGGCGCUGUCUGCGGGACGAGCCGGGGACAAAAGUCUCCUCCUGCGUUUCUUAAAGCAGAGAGCUUCAUAAACAGGAAGUCGUGCCGGCGCUCACAUAACGUCAUGAGGAGGAGAUGACGUGCAACAGUGUGAGCUGGUGAUGUCACAGCAUGCGUGUGUUUGACCUCUGACCCGCGGCAGAUUCACUGAGCGG